AUGGGAGACGUUGACUCCACGUCUAAACUCUUCAAAGACCGAGCACCAAAGCCAGCGCCUUGUGUCUUGCUCGCCAAUCCAAACUUGCCGUUGCCACAGGAUGCUGUGCCUCUCUCUCCAUACUUUACACAAGUCGAAGUCGAUUAUUGGUCCACAAGAUCAACUUACCUGGACCUUGUACUACACCGACAGGAUUUAUGGCUGAUGGAGCAAAACUCGAAUUCUCUUGGCUUCAAUGACGUUCAGAAAUUCGAAGCGCUAAAAGAAACGAGCCAUGAAGCAACAUGGUUUGAGGAUGCGGGAGGCUGCUUCGCCAACAAGCAUCUCCGGAUCGACCUGUGGCCGGCCGUUUUCCCGUUGAUGAGUGGGGGAGACGAUCACUUUGACGCCAGACAAGGGGCCAGAAGGGUGGCUGCGUUUGGCGUCGGCAGUCUAUCAGGAGAUUUGAAUCAACGACAUGAAGCGCAACUACCAACCGUUCGCCACAUUUCGAGGGACGAACGCCUCUCACAGAACAGCAAAGUUGCCGUUUCGCCCUUGAUGGUUCGCACCAUCACAGACCUUUUCAGAGCACCGACUCUCUUCCUCUCUCUGAUAUUCUGGGCAGAUUGCACUCGCCUGAAUGGUCACCAUUCUUUACAUACGGCUCAUUCCCAAAAGGACCCCACUAAUGUCGCUAAAUUUAUCUGUCACUGGAUAUUCCAGUUUGUCAUCCACGACUUGAAACGGAAUUCGAUCAACACGUCCACUCCAAAUUCAUUCGAGCGCUCGCAAAUUCUUGCCCUGGAUGAAGGCAUCCAACGUAUUGGUCGAUCAGCCCCUGAGGGGCCUAAACGGAGCUGGAAGUUCAUGAAACGGGUUGACCACUGGCUUAUUCCCACCCACGUGUUCUCGACAGUACUUUACCCAUACCUCUCUUCUCAAUUUGCCCCCGGAAAGAGGCUGCAGCACCUAGAGGGGCUCAGAGUCAAAGAACCCUUGGGACUGCAUGACAAGAUGGCCUUCGAAGCACCACAGAGCUCGGCCAGAACUUCAAUCCUCCCAUCAUCACUAUCCGUGCUUCCUUGUCUUCCGGGAGAUUGGUUUGACACGUCCAUCAGUCAGCAAAAAGCACUGUUCUACAAGAUGAACAUAGGGUACAGCCAGUGCUUGUGCUUGUUCUCAUCCGUUUUCAUUUGUCACCAGCUUUUUCAGCCUCGGCACCUGCGUCAGGUUUUUGAUCUCAAAUCGUCCGAGACCUCGCCUCAAGACACGCGUACUCUACCAACUUCACUCAAGAGACUGGUACACAAUACGCAGUCUUUCAUCAGCCAGCUGGACCUGCUCAAGAUAGCUUUAGACCGAAACGUCACACGGGAUGUUUUGUGUUUCCCUGGCUUGCUUCGACGUCGAAUCUUGAACCUGCGUCGGGGAAUUAUUCGUCUUUCGAUUCCUCUUAACCUGUCGUGGCGAACCUUGCACUCUGAAGCUGCCCUCCCCACAUCAGCCCUUUAG